AUGCUGAGAGGAGAGGCCAGGAGGGGUCACCACCAGGAUGUAAACAUCAACAAUUUCUUUCUUAAAUGGACUUAGGCCACUUGAAAGGAAAGGCCCCUACAGCAGUAGAAAGCCUGAUCCAAUUGCUAAAAGUCGCCCUGAGGCACCGAUCUAGAAUCUAGAUUAAACCCUCCCUAAAUCCUAAACUUAACCAUUAGGGCGGAAAAUGCCAAACUGACCAUGAAUCAGCAUCUAGGGACAGCUUCAUCCUAUAUAUACUCCGUGGGCGGUUGGCGAUUGCCCAUGCGGUCAGGGAUUGGGAGAGGGGCUUUACCCUGAGAUGGCUAUCAGAACAGUCAGGGUUUAACACCCUCUCUGGAGCAGGGCCAUGGCAGGGAGCGGACAAUAGAUCCUUUGUGACUAUCUGAUCAUCACAAACACACUAAAUGGGUAAGUCAAUGUGGGGGGUAAAGAAAAAGGCUCUCAGUCACAACUGAACGUUUUUUGGCUUCAUGUCGAGCUGUCGGUUUUCAGAAUGCGAAGUGGAUGUUGUUUGAGCUCAAAACAGGGUUUAGUGUUGUACCAGCGAUUUACAACUGUAACUUUCAUUAAUCCUUUAUUUAGCCAGACAAAUCAUUGAGAACAAGUUCUCUUUUACAAUUACCACCUGGUAAAAGUUAGAUGACUGUCAGUAUUGUUGUAAUGACCAUAAAACAUUUGCUCCCCCCACAUUCAAUAGGCACUAAACAGCUAAAAACAUUUUGAAAUAGAGUGAAAAGGGGAGGUACUACCUGAUCUACUGAACCUGACCCUGUUGACAUGGUUUGAAUCAACCAUACAUACUGACCCUAGUCCUCUGGGGAUGGUUUGUAAUGAUGCAGAUAUAGAAAUUCUGACAAGGCCCUGACACUUGAUAUGUUGGUCAACUCCCCGGCGCUCCGUGUUAGGUUUACCAAACCAUAAACAUUGUGUCCGUAGGGACUUGUUGCACUAUGAGAAAGCCCAGGACAUAGACUGGCAGCCUAGUAUACUGCUAUGGACCUUCAGCCCCAUCUACUGUUGCAUUACACACUACAGUGACUUGCAAAAGUAUUCAUCCCCCUUGGCGUUUUUCCUAUUUUGUUGCAUUACAACCUGUAAAUUGAUUUUUAUUUUGGAUUUCAUGUAAUGGACAUACACAAAAUAGUGAAAUUAUUAUUUUUUUUUAUUCUAAAAAAUAAAUAAUGGAAAAGUGGUGCGUGCAUAUCUAUUCACCCCCUUUGCUAUGAAGCCCCUAAAUAAGAUCUGGUGCAACCAAUUACCUUCAGAAGUCACAUAAUUAGUUAAAUAAAGUCCACCUGUGUGCAAUCUAAGUGUCACAUGAUCUGUCACAUGAUCUCAGUAUAUAUACACCUGUUCUGAAAGGCCCCAGAGUCUGCAACACCACUAAGCAAGGGGGCACCACCAAGCAAGCGGCACCAUGAAGACCAAGGAGCUCUCCAAACAGGUCAGGGACAAAGUUGUGGAGAAGUACAGAUCAGGGUUGGGUUAUAAAAAAAUAUCUGAAACUUUGAACAUCCCACAGAGCACCAUUAAAUCCAUUAUUAAAAAAUUGAAAGAAUAUGGCACCACAACAAACCUGCCAAGAGAGGGCCGCACACCAAAACUCACGGACUAGGCAAGGAGGGCAUUAAUCAGAGGCAACAAAGAGACCAAAGAUAACCCUGAAGGAGCUGCAAAGCUCCACAGCGGAGAUUGGAGUAUCUGUCCAUAGGACCACUUUAAGCCAUACUCUCCACAGAGCUGGGCUUUAUGGAAGAGUGGCCAGAAAAAAGCCAUUGCUUAAAGAAAAAAAUAAGCAAACACGUUUGGUGUUCGUUAAAAAGCAUGUGGGAGACUCCCCAAACAUAUGGAAGAAGGUACUCUGGUCUGAUGAGACUAAAAUUGAGCUUUUUGGCCAUCAAGGAAAACGCUAUGUCUGGUGCAAACCCAACACCUCUCAUCACCCCGAGAACACCAUCCCCACAGUGAAGCAUGGUGGUGGCAGCAUCAUGCUGUGGGGAUGUUUUUCAUCGGCAGGGACUGGGAAACUGGUCAGAAUUGAAGGAAUGAUGGAUGGCGCUAAAUACAGGGAAAUUCUUGAGGGAAACCUGUUUCAGUCUUCCAGAGAUUUGAGACUGGGACGGAGGUUCACCUUCCAGCAGGACAAUGACCGUAAGCAUUCUGCUAAAGCAACACUCGAGUGGUUUAAGGGGAAACAUUUAAAUGUCUUGGAAUGGCCUAGUCAAAGCCCAGACCUCAAUCCAAUUGAGAAUCUGUGGUAUGACUUAAAGAUUGCUGUACACCAGCGGAACCCAUCCAACUUGGGGGGGGGGGGAUGCACGCUCAAGUUCUGUUUUUUUUGUGUUAUUUCUUGUUUGUUUCACACACAAAAAAUAUUUUGCAUCUUCAAAGUGGUAGGCAUGUCGUGUAAAUCAAAUGAUACAAACCCCCCAAAAAUCAAUUUUAAUUCCAGGUUGUAAGGCAACAAAAUAGGAAAAAUGUCAACGGGGGUGAAUACUUUCGCAAGCCACUGUACCAGGUAGAGGCUGGCCUUAAACACAGAUCUAGGAUCAGGUCAUGAUCCAGAAUUCAACCCAAAACCAUAAGGUAAGGAAACCUCAAACUGAUUUUAGAUCAGUGUGUGGGAGCAAUGUGGCUCACAGAUACACUGUAUCACGAAUUCAGCCGAGGCUGCCCCUCCUCCUUGCUCGGGCAGGCUUCGGUGUUCGUCGUCAUCAACGGAGGGGAGAGCGGCGGGUGAGCGUCUAUUCCACCUCAGACAGGGGAAGAGGAGCGCACAGGAUUUUGCACUGGACUUUAGGACUCUGGCUGCGAGCGUAGGAUGGAAUGAGAGGGCCCUUAUCGACCACUACCGAUGCAGCCUAAGGGAGGACGUUCGUCGGGGACUGGCCUGCAGGGACACCAACCUUAACCUGGACCAACUGGUGGAUAUGUCAAUCAGGCUGAAUAACCUGUUGGCCACCCGCGGACGUCCGGAUCAGGAGCCGUCCAUUCCAUCCCCCAGCCCCUCCGACCCUACCCCUAUGGAGCUCGGAGGUGCUGCUCUUAGGGAGACCGGUAGAGGGGCCGUCCCCUGCACCAACUGUGGCCGCAGAGGACACACUGCUGGUCGGUGCUGGGGAGGGUCUUUAAGGAGUCGAGGCAGUAGACAGAGCACUGGUGGACCGUUUCAGGUGAGUAGGCACCCGACUCACCCAGAGCUUCCUGUUGCGCUUAUGUGUAUAGAUGUUGUAUUUCCAGAGUUUUUUCCUCAUUCCCAGCAUAAGACGCUAGUAGAUUCAGGCGCAGCUGGGAACUUUAUUGAUCGUCAGUUUUCCCGUAGUUUAGGGAUUCCUAUUGUGCCCUUCCCUAUACAUGCCCUAGAUAGUCGCCCUUUAGGGUCAGGUCUGAUUAGGGAGGUCACAGCUCCACUCUGGAUGAAGACGCAGGAGGGUCAUGAGGAAAAAAUGUGUCUCUAUCUGAUUGAUUCUCCUGCGUUUCCAGUGGUGUUGGGGCUUCCCUGGUUAACCUCUCAUGACCCCACUAUUUCAUGGCAACAGAGGUCUCUCAAGGGAUGGUCAAGUCAGUGCUCGGGGAGGUGUGUAGGUGUUUCCGUAGGGGCAACUACGGUGGAAAGUCCAAACCAGGUUUCCACCAUGCACAUUCUGCCUGAAUAUGCUGAUUUGGCUCUCGCCUUCUGUAAAAAGAAGGUGACUCAAUUACCACACCAUCGACAGGGGGAUUGUGCGAUAAACCUCCAGGUAGGCACUGCACUUCCCCGGAGUCACGUGUAUCCUCUGUCACAGGAGGAGACGGCGGCUAUGGAAACAUAUGUCACCGAAUCUCUGAGGCAGGGAUACAUUCGGCCUUCCACUUCCCCUGUCUCCUCAAGUUUCUUUUUUGUGAAGAAGAAGGAUGGUGGCUUACGCCUGUGCAUUGACUACCGUGGUCUUAAUCAGAUCACUGUGAAGUACAGCUAUCCACUACCUCUGAUUGCUAGUAUGACGGAGUCAUUGCACGGGGCGCGCUUCUUCACUAAAUUGGAUCUCAGGAGCGCGUACAACCUGGUGUGUAUCCAGGAGGGAGAUGAGUGGAAGACAGCAUUCAGUACCACCUCUGGGCACUAUGAGUACCUCGUCAUGCCAUACGGGUUGAUGAAUGCUCCAUCAGUCUUCCAAUCCUUUGUUGAUGAGAUUUUCAGGGACCUGCAUGGACAGGGUGUAGUGGUGUAUACUCCGCUACACGGGCCGCGCAUGUGUCUCUGGUGCGUCAGGUGCCUGAGGAUAUUGGAUCGGAUCGGGGUCCCCAGUUCACCUCAAGGGUCUGAAGGGUGUUCAUGGAACGUCUGGGGGUCUCGAUCAGCCUGACCUCAGGUUUUCACCCCGAGAGUAAUGGGCAGGUGGAGAGAGUUAACCAGGAUGUGGGUAGGUUUCUGCGGUCCUAUUGCCAGGACCGGCCGGGGGAGUGGUCGGGUUUUAUCCCCUGGGCAGAGAUGGCCCAAAACUCACUCCGCCACUCAUCCACUAACCUUUCUCCCUUUCAGUGUGUGUUAGGUUAUCAGCCAGUCCUGGCACCUUGGCAUCAGAGCCAGAUCGAGGCUCCUGCGGUGGAUGAGUGGUUUCACCGCAGUGAGGCCCCGGUGUAUGCAUCAGGGGACCGGGUCUGGCUCUCGACCCGAAACCUGCCCCUUCGCCUGCCCUGCCGGAAGCUGGGUCGGCGGUUUGUGGGGCCAUUUAAAGUCCUGAGGAGAUUGAACGCAGUUUGUUAUAGGUUACAGAUUCCUCCUAAUUACCGUAUGAACCCCUCGUUCCAUGUGUCUCUCCUCAGGCCAGUAGUAGCUGGUCCACUCCAGGAGUCUGAGGUACGGGAGGUUCCUCCGCCCCCACUGGACAUCGAGGGGGCACCGGCGUACUCGGUCCGUUCCAUCUUGGAUUCGAGACGUCAGGUGGGGGGCCUGCAGUAUCUCGUGGAGUGGGAGGGGUACGGUCCGGAGGAACGGUGCUGUGUCCCUAGGAGGGACAUCCUCGAUCCCUCCAUGUUGAGGGAUUUCCACCGUAGUCAUCUGACUCGCCCUGCUCCUCGUCCUCCUGGCCGUCCCCGAGGCCGGGGUCAAGGGGGGGGUACUGUCACAAAUUCAGCCGAGGCUGCCCCUCCUCCUUGCUCGGGCAGGUUUCGGCAUUCGUUGUCACCGGAGUACUAGCUGCUACCGAUCCAUGUUUCUAUGUUCUACUUGUUUUGUCUGUAUUGGUCUCACCUGUUUCCCAUCAUGUAAUAUUGUCUUCCCUAUUUAACCCUCUGGCUCACACUGUGUGUUGUGCAUGUUUGUCCAUGUUUUGGUUGUCGUAUGUGAGCGGGUUUGUUCCUCCCUGCAUGGAGGUAUGUUCAUUGAGAUACCUACGAGUAAAGUAUGUUUUUUGAUCAGCUCUAUGUCCUGCGCCUGACUUCGUCCUACCGCAUUACACUGAUGCCUUGACACACUGCUAACUGACUCCACUUCCUUAAAGGGGCAAUCUGCGACUCAAACAAUAACAACAACAACAACAAUUUACCAAGCCCAGAUUUCCCCUUUCAAGGGAUAGUUCAGGAUUUUGGCAACGAAGCCCUUUAUCUACUUCCCCAGAGUCAGAUGAACUCGUGGAUACCAGUUUUAUGUCUCUGCGUCCAGUAUGAAGGAAGUUAGAGGUAGUUUCGCAAUCUAAGCUAGUUAGCAUUGGCUCGCGAAUCUACCUCUAACUUCCUUCAAACUGGACGCAGAGACAUAAAAAUGGUAUCCACGAGUUCAUCUGACUCUGGGGGAGUUAGAGGUAGUUACCAAAAUCCCGAAGUAUCCCUUUAAUGUGUUAUCACUGUAUUUCAUCUAAUAGCACAACCAAAUGACCUGAAUUGCCCGUUGAGAUUACAUUAAAAGUACAUAGUGCAAAUGAUCAAUGCUGUUCUGCACAGAUUAUUACAGCAAUUGUGAAGAUCUCCACAGACCUGCAACCUUUGCAUGCUAUCUUGAACAUGCAUGCUUUCAAUGAUUACAUAAGAAGACAUUUAUAGUUUAUACAUUGACUAAAUUGAACUAUCCCUUUAAGAAGAGACAUUCUUUAAGGUUCAAAAAUAAGUUAUGGACUACGUUUUAUUCUCCUAUUAUGAGAUUGUUGAUGACGUCAGAAAGCAGAGAGUGAAAUUCCCACAGCUGCGGCUGCUGUCCCAGGCCAGGUGAGUGUCUCAGGACAGAUGUGUACUGUAUUGUAGUCAGGGUAGAUAGGUGUCUGUCUACAUCAAGAUGUAGCUGUGAAUGACCUCUGUGUGAUCUGAGAGUUUCACUACCCUCAGGGGCACUUCCUAUCUUUAGAUACAUGUGCAUAUCUUGGGACUUCAGGGCAAAUGAUUUACUAAUUGAAGUCAAUUGGAGAUCCUUCAGCUGCUGCGAUGUGUGAAAAUGUGUGUUGUGAAAAUAUGCCUGUGUAACUGAACAGAAAGAUUAAUAAUGCUUAAAAUACGAAGGAUCCCCCUAAAAAAACUAAAUACUUGAUAUAUUGACUUCAUGCCCAAAAGUUCUAUUGAAAUCCAUAUGUGCAUUACACACGCAGAUUUAAGGUUGGAUUGGUCAAUCAGAGAGUUGAACAGCAACAGCCCCAGCUCCUUGUACCUUCUGAGCUGAGCAGUGUGACCUGAGUUAGUCACAGGUCAGAGGUUCCUCGCCCCCGUGCCUUCCUUCCUUCUACUGCCCGGUAGUCCUGUUUGCGUUCUCUCUCUCUCUCAAAGUGGUGUUCAGGUAAUCUUAAUGACUACUAAUAAUACAAACCCUCACACAUCUCCCUCUGUUUAUACUGCAUGUAACAGCAUGGACUGACUGAGACCUGUGUGUGUGUGUGCGCGUGCUCCGUGUGUUCUCUUUCAUUCCUUCUCCCACCCCCUAUUUCCUUCAGUUCUGAAGUCUAUAGCCUGAAGGUAAGAACUCCUACCAGGUUUUUUCUAGGUAAAUCUGAGAUAAGACAAUAGGAUCUGUAGAGGUGUCUUGUUACAGACAGAGAGAGGCAGAGCAGGGUCCAGACACUGUAAACCUCUCCUGUCUCACCCACAAGGUCGCCUCCACACACCAGGUUGGAAAAAUGCUACAAAAUACAUUGUCUUUCAUGCAAGCAGCAUUGGGGACCAAAAAACGUUCAGCAUUUGCCCCCAAACUCAUAAUUUCACUUGAACUGUGCCGGGUUGGUUGCAGCUCUGCAAGCUGUUAAGUUUUCGAUGUAUCAUUUUCAAGUGCACAUGGUCCAUGUUAUGCUAGUCACUGAGGAAGAGUUAAUGGACAGUGAAGUUAUUGAAGAGAGAGAGAGAGAGAGAGAGAGGGGGGGGGGGGGGGGGGGGUCCAGAUUUUUCAGCUCUUUCAGAACAUCAGCUGUUAGUGGGGGGGGGGGGGGGGGGGGAGAUUAGCUGGCUACCACUACCCCGGCCACCAGCUCUGCACCCUCAGCUGCAACUUGCCCAUGCCCCCCCCCCCCCCCACUAACAGCUGAAAGAGCUGAAAAGAGCUGAAAAAUGUUCUGAAAGAGCUGAAAAAUCUGGACCCCUACAAAUCAGCUGGGCUAGACAAUCUGGACCCUUUCUUUCUCAAAUUAGCCGCCAAAAUUGUCGUAACCCCUAUUACUAGCCUGUUCAACCUCUCUUUCGUAACGUCUGAGAUCCCCAGAGAUUGGAAAGCUGCCGCGGUCAUCCCCCUCUUCAAAGGGGGUGACACUCUAGAUCCAAACUGUUACAGACCUAUAUCCAUCCUGCCCUGCCUUUCGAAAGUAUUUGAAAGCCAAGUUAACAAAGAGAUCACCAACCAUUUCGAAUCCCACCGUACCUUCUCCGCUAUGCAAUCCGGUUUCCGAGCUGGUCAUGGGUGCACCUCAGCCACGCUCAAGGUCCUAAACGAUAUUAUAACCGUGAUCGAUUAAAUACAGUACUGCGCAGCCGUCUUCAUCGACCUGGCCAAGGCUUUCGACUCUAUCAACCACCGCAUUCUUAUUGGCAGACUAAAUAGCCUUGGUUUCUCAAAUGACUGCCUCGCCUGGUUCACCAACUACUUCUUAGAUAGAGUUCAAUGUGUCAAAUCGGAGGGCCUGUUGUCUGGACCUCUGGCAGUCUCUAUGGGGGUGCCACAGGGUUCAAUUAUCGGGCCGACUCUAUUCUCUGUGUAUAUCAUGUCGCUCUUGCUGCUGGUGACGCUCGGAUCCACCUCUAUGCGGACGACACCAUUUUGUAUACAUCUGGCCCUUCAUUGGACACUGUGUUAACAAACCUCCAAACGAGCUUCAAUGCCAUACAACACUCCUUCCGUAGCCUCCAACUGCUCUUAAACACUAGUAAAACUAAAUGCAUGCUCUUCAACCGAACACUGCUUGCACCCGCCCACCCGACUAGAAUCACUACUCUCGGCAGGUCUGACCUAGAGUAUGUGGACAACUACAAAUACCUAGGUGUCUGGUUAGUCUGUAAACUCUCCUUCCAGACUUACAUUAAGCAUAUCCAAUCAAAAGUUAAAUCUAGAAUCGGCUUCCUAUUUCGCAACAAAGCCUCCUUCACUCAUGCUGCCAAACAUGCCCUCGUAAAACUGACUAUCCUACCGAUGCUUGACUUCGGCGAUGUCAUUUACAAAAUAGCUUCCAACACUCUACUCAGCAAAUUGGAUGUAGUCUAUCACAGUGCCAUCCGUGUUGUCACCAAAGCCCCAUAUACUACCCACCAUUGUGACCUGUACGCUCUUGUUGGCUGGCCCUCACUACAUAUUCGUCGCCAAACCCACUGGCUCCAGGUCAUCUAUAAAUCACUGCUAGGCAAAUCCCAGUCUUACCUUAGCUCACUGGUCACCAUAGCAACACCCACCCGUAGUCUACGCUCCAGCAAGUAUAUCUCACUGGUCAUCCCCAAAGCCAACACCUCCUUUGGCCGCCAUUCCUUCCAGUUCUCUGCUGCCAAUGACUGGAACGAACUGCAAAAAUAUCUGAAGUUGGAGACUCUUAUCUCCCUCACUAACUUUAAGUGUCAGUUGUCAGAGCACCUUACCGAUCACUGCACCUGUACACAGCCCUUCUGAAAUUAGCCCACUCAACUACCUCAUCCCCUUAUUGUUAUUUAUUUUUGCUAAUUUGCACCCCAGUAUCUCCAUUUGCACAUCAUCUUUUGCACAUCUAUCAUUCCAGUGUUAAUACGAAAUUGUAACUAUUUUGCACUAUGGCCUAUUUAUUGCUUUACCUCCAUAACUUACUACAUUCGCACUCACUGUAUAUAUAUCUUUUCUGUUGUAUUUUUGACUUUAUGUUUUGUUUACCCCAUAUGUAACUCUGUUGUUGUUUUUAUCGCACUGCUUUGCUUUAUCUUGGCCAGGUCUCAGUUGUAAAUGAGAACUUGUUCUCAACUGGCUUACCUGGUUAAAUAAAGGUGAAAUAAAAAUCAUAAAAAUAAGUCCUAAUAUCAAGAAGAAGGCCUUCCUAGUUUGUUUCAGAAUGAUGUAAUAGCUCCCUCUGCUGGUCACACCACCACAUCGUCACAUAAUAAGACAUGGAACUCUUCACUUGAAAGCCUUGUUCUUUUUAGAGGCUCAACCACAUCCCUCAUGGCUUUGAACUGCUUAUAUUCACUAAGUAGUAGUUUGGCCUGCCCGGCAUGACUGACGCACUGUUUUAUAAGUUUGAGGGGGAAAGAAACUCUUUGAUCCACUCCCAUUUAGGAUCCUCCAACACACUGAUAGCUUUAUAAUAUACUAGUAAGUAUUUCAUGGAUGCCAUCUGAGUGACUGUAGAUUCUCAACCUGGGGCUUUAGCUCCAGCCCUGCUCUAACACAUUUGAUUCAGCUAAUCACGGACCAAAUGUGCAGAUGAUUAGUAGUAUCAGGUGUUUUAGAGCCUGCAUUCCCCAGUAGUUCUGUAGGAGGAGUGUUGGCCACUCCUGUAUGCUGUCUGUCCACCACAAGUAUCCAGUGGAUGGCAGGCUUGAGUCAUUAUUACCUCUGUAGUCCUACUAUUCAAUUAUUUUUCUGUGUUUCAGUGACUGGAGUUUCAAAAUGUUUACAUUCUUAUGUAACAUGUUGGAGAGUAACUCAAAUUGUACUUCAUCUUUAGUUUUGUGAAUGGAUGUGUAAUGCCACUACAUCAAUAAAUAAACAAAUAGGCUAUAUCACAUACUGUAAGUGUAGUGUUAUGAUUCAUACGGACUUAAACAUGGAGACAGGAUGUUAUUAAAGUAAGGGAAGGUGCACUGACUGUCUGAUUCAUUAAACUCAGACUAGCCUAAAUAGGUAGGUUACGCUACCUGUGCUUCUUCCUCACACCUAUUGCAAAUUAUAGUCAGCCUUUGAGAAGUAAUAAGACUAUAAAAUACGCUACAUGGCCAAAUGUAUGUGGACACCUGCUCGUCGAACAUCUCAUUCCAAAAUCAUGGGCAUUAAUAUGGAGUUGGUCCCCCCUUUGCAGCUAUAACAGCCUCCACUCUUCUGGGAAAGCUUUCCACUAGAUGAUGGAACAUUGCUGAGGGGUCUUGCUUCCAUUCAGCCACAAGAGCAUUAGUGAGGUCAGGCACUGAUGUUGGGCGAUUAGGCCCGGCUGGCAGUCGGCAUUCCAAUUCAUUACAAAGGUAUUAGAUGGGGUUGGGGUCAGGGCUCUGUGCAGGCCAGUCAAGUUCUUCCAAACUGAUCUCGACAAACCAUUUCUGUAUGGACCUCGCUUUGUGCACUGGUGCAUUAUUAUGCUGAAAGGGCCUUCCCCAAACUGUAGAAACAAAGUUGGAAGCACAGAAUCGUCUAGAAUGUCAUUGUAUGCUGUAGCGUUAAGAUUUCCCUUCAGUGGAACUAAGGGGCCCAAACCAUGAAAAACAGCCCCAGACCAUUAUCCUCCUCCACCAAACUUUACAGUGCAUUCGAGCAGGUAGCGUAGCGUGCUCCUGGCAUCCUCCAAACCCAGAUUUGUCCGUUGGACUGCCAGAUGGUGAAGCAUGAUUCAUCACUCCAGAGAAGACGUUUCCACUGCUCCAGAGCUAAUGGUGGCAAGCUUUAUACCACGCAUGGUGAUUUUAGAAUUGUGUGCGGCUGCUCGGCCAUGGAAACCCAUUUCAUGAAGCUCCCGACUAACAGUUAUUGUGCUGAUGUUGCUUCCAGAGGCAGUUUGGAACUCGGUAGUGAGUGUUGCAACCGAGGACAGACAAUUUUUACGCACUACACAAUUCAGCACUCGGUGAUCCAGUUCUGUGAGAUGUGUGACCUAUCACUUCGCUGAGCCUUUGUUGCUCCUAGACGUUUCCACUUCACAAUAACAGUGCUUACAUUUGACAGGGGCAGCUCUAGCAUGGCAGAAAUGUGAUAAACUGACUUGUUGGAAAGGUGGCAUCCUAUGAUGGUGCCACGUUGAAAGUCACUGAACUCUUCAGUACAGGCCAUUCUACUGGCAAUGUUUGUCUAUGGAGAUUGCUGUGUGCUCGAUUUUAUACACCUGUCAGCAACGGGUGUGGCUGAAAUAGCCGAAUCCACUAAUUUGAAGGGGCGUCCAUAUACUUUUGGCGAUGUUGUGUAGUUGUUGAUAGUUUUAAGAGUAAUACAGACAGCAAAACGUAAUGCUACUAACACAUUUUACAAGGCAAGGCUGAAGCGUCUAAGCUAGCCUACUUCCUUACCUGUGUGUAUGGGGCGGGUACCUGUCCUGAGCGAACGGGACAGCAGACCGCAUGAGACCGCACCAUACCACACACUCCACAGAAAAAAGUAUAGAAAAUAGGUUUCAAACUUUUAUCAAGGUGAGUUUACCUGUGUUCUGUUACGGUUUUAGCAAGAGAUUAGAGAUUGUAGCCUACACAUGGCUGAGGUUUUGGUUUUAUCGGUGAUGGGUUGCGGCUCAUUCGCAGUUGAGCCGUUUUAGUUUUGUAAACCUACAUGCAGUAUAGGCUAACUUAAUCAUCAAGCCUAUGACUAGUUCAACCAGGUGAGCUAGUUCAGGGCUACAACAAAAUUGUGAAACGUCUGGGGAUCCCCGAGGAGAGGUUUGAGAAACAACUGGGCUAGUAUACAGUCUAGCCUAUCGUUUAUAAUGUAAGCCUACAUAACACAUUUGUGUUUAGUAGCGUGUGCUACUAAAUUUAACCUACUCUCUUAUAAAUCGACCUUAUAGUCCUUAUAGAUUUUCUUAAAUUCAUAUUUCACCAUAGAUGUUUCUCAGAACAGUUUUAUGAGUGCUAAAAACGUUUUUUUUGUUCCAGAUUACCUCAUGCGAAUAAAAAUAACACUUAUUUAAUAGCCAGGUUUCCAUCAAAACGUUUUAUGCGAGUAAAGUACAUAUCGGAUUUCAGAAAAUGUAAUGACAGACCUGAUGGAAACAUACUUUUUUUACGCUAUACAAGGUGGGAUCCGUUUGUGUCGGUGAAAUGAAUUAUGCGAGAAAUGUCGGUUGAAACGCUUUUUUGCGCAAAUAUUGAUAUAAUAGCCAUCACAUCGAAGUAAACUUGUAGUCACGCGAUGACGUGUUGUGUGGUUCUCCCACUACGACGUCGAAAAGCAUGCAGUGUAUUAAGCUACAGAUGAAAUAAAUUAUGAUAAACUUCACAGGGUGGUGAAAGUGCAAGGUGAUGAGCUUGAUGCUCCUUUCCAAGGUCUUAUUCUGGUGACAUGUUAAUCGAUGCUUGGCAAAUAAAAAUACUAUUGCUCGUCCAUAAAAAUAAUGGCAUCAUGUAGGCUAUAGUUGCGCAGAGCACGUGCCAAUACCCGAGUGGGCACACCAGCUACAUAACGCAACAUUUUUUGUGAGAAAACCAUCAGUAGAGUUGAAAAUGCGAUGAAAACCCAUUUAACUUAUAUUUGUUGGUCGGUACAUGGGAAUUUAAGCGCUAAAGGUAUUUUGUAUGCCCUGUGUCAUCGAGCACAGCCAUUGACCUGCAACAAGUCAGUUUGAUGGAAACAUCUCUGGAGGGGAAAUGCACAUAUUUUUUUAUGCGGAUUUUUAGAAUAUUCGCAUGAAAAUAUGUCGCCAAUUGGAUGGAAGCCAAGCUAUUGAUGCUAAACAAACAUGGAAUCUGGGUUUAAUAUUUAUGUGGUCUACAGCCCUUGUUUUAUAUUUGCGAAGUACACAGUAUCUCAGAACUAUGCAGCAUCUUUGCAAAUACCUACUGUAGGCUACAACUAUUGACCGAUUUUUUCCCCAAGGACUGGCUAUAAGUGCAAAGAGUGCUCCAUAUUUUGUCCUGGUGGGGUAAUUUAUUAACGCUUGCUGCAGUAGGCCUGUGGGCUCUCUGUGAAGGUGUGAAUUCACAGCACACAUCUCUGUACCCUGCAGACAUUAGUAUUGACAGGUUUAGACUUCAACUGUACCCCACAGCCACAGGAGGCUACUGAGGGGAGGACAGCUCAUAAUAAUGGCUGGAAUGGAGUAUAUGGAAUGGUAUCAAACACAUGGAAACCAUGUGUUUGAUGAGUUCAAUACCAUUCUACUGAUUCCGUUCCAGCCACUACUAUGAGCCAGUCCUCCCCAAUUAAGGUGCCACCCACCUCCUGUGCCCACAGCUACAGAAUGUGGAGUGGGAGAGAGGAUCACAACAACACAAUGUGAACACUAUAAUAACUCUAUUCUUCACAAUAACUCUUAUUAAGGCUUUAGCAAGUAUUAACCAGAAAACAACUAUUUUUAAAAGACCCAUUGUUUUACCAGGAAUUAAGACAGGGAUAGAUGAGAGGGAGAGAGAACCCAUAUUUAUGUUAAUUGUUCCUCCUUUUGUACUUUUAACUAUUUGCACAUCGUUAUAACACUGUAUAUAGACAUAAUAUGACAUUUGACAUUUCUUUAUUCUUUUGGAACUUUUGUGAGUGUAAUGUUUAUUUCACUUUUGUUUAUUAUCUAUUUCACUUGCUUUGGCAAUGUAAAAAUAUGAGAGAGAGAGAGAGAGAGAGAGAGAGAGAGAGAGAGAGAGAGAGAGAGAGAGAGAGAGAGAGAGAGAGAGAGAGAGAGAGAGAGAGAGAGAGAGAGAGAGAGAGAGAGAGAGAGAGAGAGAGAGAGAUGAAGGGAGAUCUAGGUCAUGUGGUUGUUUUGCAGGGUCUCUCUCCUGUGCCAGAUUCGUGUCCCUGCUCAUCACACAUUCCAUGAAUGGAUCCAUACACUCUUAGAAAAAAAGGUGCUAUGUACAACCAAGUAGGGUUCUUCCGUUUGUCCCCAUAGGGGAACCCUUUUUGGUGCUAGGUAGAAGAACCCAUUUGCAGAGGGUUCUACCUAGAACCCUUUAUGUAGGGUUUUGCCUAGAACCCUCUAUGGGUUCUACCAACAACCAUUUUAUCAUCUAAAGGUUCUUCCUAGAACCCUCUAUGAAGGGUUUUACCAAUAACCCUUUUUUAUCUGUAGAGGAUUUUAUCCUAGAACCUUCUAUGAACAGUUCCACCAGCCUUAUUACCCUUUAAAAUGUCAUUCUUUAUGACAAUACAUUACAUAUAUCAUCAGGCCUUUCUUUGAGUGCCUAGUUAUACUCUAACACAGUGGUGUUAGGAAACUCCUGGUUUACAGGCCAUAUCAGACCUGCAAGUCACAUUAUGCUGGCUUGCAAAGUGAUGUGUAAUUCCUAUUGAGUCCAGCCAGAGUCAGGAUAUUCAACAAGUGGAAUUUUUAUCACCCGCAACCUGCAUUCAGAAUGACUGUCAGGGUAGGGAAGGUUGAAUACUGAGACUACCUCAAUCAUCUAAACUGGAACAACCAUCUCAGUAACAGGUCCAAUAAAUCCAACUACUAACAGAUUGGGAUUAGUUUAGAAAAAUGUAUGCUAUUUAUCUUUGUGUAACAUAAGAUUAAUCAACCAAUCAAUGUACAUGCAAAAGCAGAUAUUAAAACAAACAAUUCUAAAAAUCAACCUGCAAUAGAGCAUGCUGGGAAAUAUGAUAUUUGGUUAUAUGUAGAACCCUUCUUGCCUUCCAAAGAAUCAUCAAAUAACCUGUUCUUACAAAAAGGGUUCUUAGGAUGUUAAAGGUUCUAAGUAGGACCCUUUACCUUACCAAGAACCCUUGUCUUCCAAUUCCAAAAAAGUAUUCUUCCGUAGAACCCUAUCCCUCCGAAAAUAACCCUUUUGGAACCCUUUUUUUAAAGAGUGUAGUCCUCCCUGCCUCCACCUCCCUCCCUAUCUCCUCAUCUUCUCCCUAGCUUCCCCUCUACCACUCAUUCAUGGAGUGGGAGAUAUUUGCAGUCUCUAUCUCCCUCCUCUCUCUAUUACCUUCUGUCCAAGAACUAAAUUUUACUGUAUCCCUUUCUUUCUUUCUUUCUUUCUUUCUUUCUUUCUUUCUUUCUUUCUUUCUUUCUUUCUUUCUUUCUUUCUUUCUUUCUUUCUUUCUUUCUUUCUUUCUUUCUUUCUUUCUUUCUCUUUGAUCUCCUCUGUUUGCAGUAGCCCUUCAGAACAACUUCAGAACAAUUUAGAGCAGAAGUGGUUUUCUCCUCCAAACCAGCCGUGGCAGACAUUCUAAGAAAUUCCAUUAAAGGUUCAAUGCAUCAAUUUUUAUCUCAAUAUCAAAUCAUUUCUGGGUAACAAUGAAGUACUUUACUGUGAUUGUUUUCAUUUAAAAUUGAGAAGAAAAUAAAAGCUUCUUAGCAAAGAGACAUUUCUCAAGCAAGAAUUUAGCUAGGACUGUCUGGGACUGGUCUGAGUGGGGAGGGGAAAACUGAACAUUCCAGGCAGUCUUUUCAAACAGCUCUUACACUAAAAUGGCAUUAUGAUCAUUUUCACAAUUUCACAGUAUUAUUCCAACCUCAUAGUGUGGAAAUGUAUAUAAAACACAGGAAAAUCACGUUUUUGACUGCACUGGGCAUUUAAGAACCCAGAGUAUUUAACUGUACGUUACUGUAUGUUGCCUUACCUCUGGCAGUAGCCCAAUGGUUUCUACACAUAGAUUUAUGUGUGAAUGGUGAUGUUUUAUUCAUAAUUAUAAACCGGGUGGUUUGAGCAAUGAAUGCUGAUUGGCUGAAAGCCGUGUUAUAUUAGACCUAUAACAUGGGUAUGACACAAAAUUACUUUUGACUGUUCUAAUUACGUUGGUAACCAGUUUAUAAUAGCAAUAAGGUACCUCAGGGGUUUGUGGUAUAUGGCCAAUUAGGGCUGUCCCCGACAAAAAAAAAAGAGUUGUCUGUUCUUUCAACCAAUCGAUUGGUCGAAAUUUUAAAAUAUGUAUUUUGCAAUAUAUAAACACAUCCUAUGUAUUUUAAUCAAAUCAACUACAGUGCAUUUGGAAAGUAUUCAUACCCCUUGACGUUUUCCACAUUUUGUUACGUUACAGCCUUAUUCUAAAAUUGAUUAAAUAAUUUUUUCCCCUCAUCAAUCUACACACAAUAACCCAUAAUGACAGAGCAAAACCUGGUUUUUAGACAUGUUUGCAAAUAAAAAAAACUAAAAAAAACGGAAAUAUCACAGUUACACAAGUAUUCAGACCCUUUACCCAGUACUUUGUUGAAGCACCGUUGGCAGCGAUUACAGCCUCGAGUCUUCUUGGGUAUGACGCUACAAGCUUGGCACACCUGUAUUUGGGUUGUUUCUCCCAUUCUUCUCUGCAGAACCUCUCAAGCUAUGUCAGGUUAGAUGGGGAGCGUCGCUGCACAGCUAUUUUCAGGUCUCUCCAGAGAUGUUCGAUCGGGUUCAAGUCCGGGCUCUGGCUGGGCCACUCAAGGACAUUCAGAGACUUGUCCCAAAGCCACUCCUGUGUUGUCUUGGCUGUGUGAUUAGGGUCAUUGUCCUGUUGGAAGGUGAACCUUCGCCCCAGUCUGAGGUCCUGAGCUCUCUGGAGCAGGUUUUCAUCAAGGAUCUCUCUGUACUUUGCUCUGUUCAUCUUUCCCUCAAUCCUGACUAGUCUCCCAGUCCCUGCCACUGAAAAACAUCCCCACAGCAUGAUGCUGCCACCACCAUGCUUCACCGUAGGGAUGGUGCCAGGUUUCCUUCCAGACGUGACGCUUGGCAUUCAGGCCAAAGAGUUCAAUCUUGGUUUCAUCAGACCAGAGAAUCUUGUUUCUCAUGGUCUGAGAGUCCUUUAUGUGACUUUUACUGAGGAGUGGCUUCCGUCUGGCCACUACCAUAAAGCCUGAUUUGUGGAGUGCUGCAGAGAUGGUUGUCCUUCUGGAAGAUUCUCCCAUCUCCACAGAGGAACUCUGGAGCUCUUUCAGAGUGACCAUUGGGUUCUUGGUCAACUUCCUGACCAAGGCCCUUCUCCCCCGAUUGUUCAGUUCGGCUGAGCUGCCAGCUCUAGGAAGAGUCUUGGUGGUUCCAAAGUUCUUCCAUUUAAGAAUGAUGGAAGCAACUGUGUUCUUGGGGACCUUCAAUGCUGCAGACAUUUUUUGGUACUCUUCCCCAGAUCUGUGCCUUGACACAAUCUUGUCUCGGAGCUGUAGAGACAAUUCCUUCAACCUCAUGGCUUGGUUUUUGCUCUGACAUGCACUGUCAACUGUGGGACCUUAUAUAGACAGGUGUGUGCCUUUCCAAAUCAUGUCCAAUUGAAUUUACCAUAGGUGGACUUAUAUCAAGUUGUAGAAACAUCUCAAGGAUGAUCAAUGGAAAUAGGAUGCACCUGAGCUCAAUUUCGAGUCUCAUAGCAAAAGGUCUGAAUACUUAUGUAAAUAAGGUAUUUCUGUUCUUUUAUUUUUAAUAAAUGUGCAAACAUUUCUAAAAACCAGGUUUUUGCUUUGUCGUUGUGGGGUAUUGUGUGUAGAUUGAUGAGGAAAAAUAAAUAAUUUAAUCCAUUUUAGAAUACGUCUGUAACGUAACAAAAUGUGGAAAAAGGGAAGGGGUAUGAAUAGUUUUUCCGAAUGCACUGUAUAUAGUUGAUUUUAUUAAAACACAUAGGGUGUGUCUAUAUAUGAAAAAAUACACGUUUUAACAUUUCAACCAGCCGAUUGGUCGAAAGAACAGGCGACUUUCGGUUGACCAGGAUUUGUUUUAGUCAGGGACAGCCCUACUAUAUAGGGAAUGUAUAUUUAUUUUAGUCAGUCAGUACUGCAGAUGAGACUAAACAUGCCCUUUCACGGACCUGUCUCUUCAGUCAGUGUUUUGGGGAAGCCACAGCAGGAUCAGUCCUCAAUCAUAUUUUAUUCAUACAGCACUCUUUUCACAAAAACAUUUGUUAAUAAAUCCUCUAUCUCUCUCCUAACCUCCCUCCUCUCCAGCAGGGCCAUGAUAAACACGGCAGAGUAUGGCAACAUGUCGUGGGAGCUGUCAGUCCAGGUGGACCAGAAAGAUGGAGAUGAGGGCAUGAGGUUUAAACUCCGAGUCAAGGGAGACCUGCACAUUGGAGGACUCAUGCUCAAACUGGUGGAGAAGAUCAGUAAGUCUCUCUCUCUCUCUCUUUUAUUCUCUCUUCCACCCCUCUCUGUCUCUCUGUCGCUCUCUCUGUCGCUCUCUCUGUCGCUCUCUCUCUCUGUCGCUCUCUCUCUCUCUCUCUCUCUCUCUCUCUCUCUCUCUCUCUCUCUCUCUCUCUCUCUCUCUCUCUCUCUCUCUCUCUCUCUAUGUCUCCCCCCCCCCCUUCUCUCAGCCACAGUACUAGCCUGGAGAACACACCCUUGUUUGCCCUACAUUCAUCUAUAGUGCUGAGUAGUAUUGUUCUCCCACAAUGCUUCAGUACCACAGCCAGAGGUGCUGAAGUCCACCACUUUAUCUCAUGUUUAUUCACCUGGGAGAAAUUUCAAAAGACACCCUAUUCCCUGUGUAGUGCGCUACCUUUGACAGUUAUUACGUCUACAAAAUGAGUGUACUACAUGGAGAAUAGGGUGUGAUUUAAGACACAUUCUGUGUUCAUCCAGGAGGAUUAGACACUAUGGAAUUCCCCUAGGGGAAGACAGCAUGAAAGUGACCUAAGCUUCGGUUUAUUUCACAUAGAUAUGAGGUGUGUUGUGUUUGUUACAGUGGAGGUAAGUGGGUGUAUGACAACAUGUACUUUAUAUGACUAAGCCAUAUAUGACUCAGUGGCCAGUCAUCAGACUGGACCAGCACAGCAGUGGUCUGGGUUUAGCCAUAAUAAUGCCACAACAUGUUGUCAUUCACAAUCAUCAAGCACAACCCCUCUGCUUCCUGUGGGGAUUUUUUAUGCCUGCUGCAGGUGGUCUGUCAAGUUAUUAGACGAGUGAAUAUCGGUUUUAAUUGUGGAUAAUAGAUACAGCUGUACAUGUUUAAUGGCAAUGUUUGUGCCUUGUGAAAAUUCUGUCCUUUUACCCAACCAUAAACCCUCUCUUUCUCUCUCUUUCCCCCCUCUCCCUCUCUCUGUCAGAGGCCCCUCAGGACUGGUCAGACCAUGCUCUGUGGUGGGAGAAGAGAAGCUGUUGGCUGCUGAAGACCCACUGGACCCUGGACAAGUAUGGUGUCCAGGCAGAUGCUGACCUGCGCUACACCCCCCAGCACAAACCCCUGUGCCUGCAGCUGCCCAACAUGAAAACAGUCAAACUUACCGUCAGCUACUCUGCCGUCGUCUUCAAGACCGUCGCAGAGAUCUGCAGAGCACUCAGUGAGUACUUUAUCUGGGUCUGAUGCCCUAUCCACACCCCCUAGCCUCUAGUCCGUAAGCACUAGUCCCUAUGUACUAGUGUACUGUAGAUCUGAAAGGAUUGGAUCAGUGUUUAAUAUGGUCAAGUUUCCAUUACUGAUUGGUGGCAAGGAGAAUGUUUGCCAUAUUGUUCAUACUAUUCCAGUCCUCUCACAUCUUCCCCAGGUCACCAGGGCUGAGGGGGGUAGGGGCUAUGACCUAAGGGUUAGGGAUUUAAAGGUAGGUGUAGGGAUUUAGGGCUAGGAGUCUAAGGAAGUGGUUCUCAAACCUCUCCUCAGAGACCCCCAGCCGUUCCAUGAUCUAUUCCAGAGCUAGCACACCUGAUUCAACUUGUCAACUAAUCAUCAAGCCCUUGAAUAGGUGAAUCAGGUGAGCUAGUUCAGCUCUACAGCAAAAUUGGGAAACGUCUGGGGGUCCCGAGAAGAAAUUUGAGAACCACUGGUCUUGGGGCUAGGGUGUAGGGUCUAGGGGUAGAAUCUCUCCUUGACGCCCUCUCUCUCCUCUAGACAUCAGGAGGCCAGAGGAGCUGUCUCUGCUGAAGCCUCCAGAUAACCCGUCCAAGAAGAAGAAUAAGAAUAAGAAAGACAAGAACCCAGCGCUGGAUGACAUCUUAGACAUGGACAUCAUCAAUGGAGGCUCUGGGGGAACAGGUGAGAGACACAGUGUUAUAAUAAUGUGUUAAUCAUGUGUUAUUAGACAUGGAUAUUUUCAGUAGAGGGUCAGAUUCUUCCCAUCUAUUUUCAUGUAAAGACUUUUCAACCAAGUUAGCCAUAUCCUAGGUGGCAGCCUGUUUCUGCUUUACCCAACCCCUUUGUGGUUGUCUCUGUCAAUAUACCUUUAUUGAAUCACAGAAACCAUCAGGCCCUCAUGGUAAGUUAUCCUCAUGGUGAAGUUAGCCUGGUGUAAACUUUCCUCAUAUCGCGAAGGUCAGCUUGAAUCAUGCUGUGAAGGGAUUUCAUUCAUCACUAUGGCAACACAGUCAAGGUUUAGAACCUCUGGCUAACUCAAUGUGGAUAGACUUUUAUGUCUCACACCACCGACAGAUUCAGCCCACAUGAUGGCUUCUGUAGACUUCUGGAACAAUCUAAGAAGGGAUGGAGAAUUCUAUAGUGCUUCUGAAGAUCUAAAAGAAUAGAGCGAUUAUGACGGAUAUCUGAAAGAAUAGUACAGUACGCUGCUAUGUUCUCAAGGCUUUCAUUUAACACAUACUCUGAAACGCAGACACACACACUUUCUGAGUCUGUGUGAGUGUACAGUAGCUACGGUAUAGGGCAGCUGAGGAUUCCAUACCAACUCAUAAAACCAGCCUCCUUUUGACUGUAGCUCUGAACCGUUUCAAAGCAAAUGAAGACCGGCACAUUUCUCCCAUAAUGAUCUCUGUUCCCACUCCUGGGGCUGAAUUCAUAAAGUGUGUCAGAGUAGGAGUGCUGGUCCAGGAUCAGGUCCCCAUGAUAUAAUUUUAUUUCUUAUGAUCUAAAAGACAAAACUGAUUCUAGAUCAGCACUCUCAUUAUGAAUAUGGUCCCUGAACUGUCUCCUCCACCUGACCCCUCCAGGCAGUCCCUUGUACAGUAAGACCAUGGUGCCCACCUAUGACCCAGAGAACGGGACUCCAGCCUCGGCCACCAGCCUGUGGUUUGGGGACAACCCCCUGACCUCCAGCCAGCCCAACCUGCCCCCUGUGGAGCUGGCCAAGAUGUACCAGCAGUUGUCCAUGGUGGACAAAGCCAUCAUCAACGCAGGGUAAGAGUUACUCAGAAACAAAAACUCCAUUGGAAGGAAGAAAACCUUGAGAUUAUCCAGACUAUAGCUGGACACGUAGAAUAGUUACUAGUUGUUGGCUUUGCUAUGAUGGAGGGCAAUUCUCUGUCUCUCCCCUGAACACUUCCUGGUUUACUGUGAUAGGCUGCUGAUGUGAUUGACAGGUGGCUGGACUCCUCCCGCUCCUUGAUGGAACAGGGAAUUGGAGAAGAUGACAGACUGCAGCUACGCUUCAAAUACCACUGCUUCUUCGACCUCAACCCAAAGGUAACACUAACCCCUAACCUUAAACCUAAGUGAGUGUUUGAAUACAACUGAACCUCAACCCUAAGGUGAGACUAACUGUAACCAUAACGCCACCUCUAACCCUAACAUUGACUGAUUGAUGUGUGUUUCAGUAUGAUGCUGUGAGGAUAACCCAGCUGUAUGAGCAGGCUCGCUGGUCCAUCCUACUGGAGGAGAUCGACUGCACUGAGGAGGAGAUGCUCAUGUUCGCCUCCUUACAGGUACACGCGCACACACUAUUAUCCAUCUGGUUUGGUGUCUUAGUCCCAGAGGAGGCAUGAUGGGACAAGAGGACAAUCCCACAGGAGGAGGGAGGGAGGGAGGGAGUCUGGUUAUAAUCCUGAACUCCUUUGGGUGAGAAAAUAUGAGAAAAUAUAAAGAACACAAAAGUAUUAAGCGAAAAACUGUACUUCAUCUCUGACUUUGAUUUAUUCUCAGCUGAUCUAUAAAAACGGUUAAAUCCCUGAGAUGGUUAUUGCUCUCACCUGCAUAGUUACUGGAAUCACAGGGCUGUCUCUGUCUUCUCCCAGUCUUGUGUCAUCAACUGGCCUCAAGUGUUUAACUAAAAUCUGUUGCUGUUAGUAUGAUAAUUCCCGUCAUUAAGUGAUGAUUAUUAAUGAUUAUGUUAAUAUUGUUUCAGUAUCACAUAUGCAAGAUGACCAUGUCCACCGAACCUCAGGACUUCUCCAAUGAACCGGAGAUAGAUGAAGUAGAGGCUGCCUUAUCCAAUCUAGAGGUUACACUUGAAGGAAAAACAGACAGAAUAUUGGUAAGUAUAGUUUUUAUGAAUAUAAACUAUUCAUAUUCUUUACAUACAGUAUAAAUGAUAAACAAGUGUGUAUGUCAUUUCUUAGCUGCAGUUUGUUUUCAACAGUUUCAGAGGGUGCAACACCUGUAUUUAAGCAAGGGUUGAUGGGUAGUCUGCUUCGAUUGCAUGUCUCAACAUGAUGAUGUCACUAAGUCACAGGAUAAUUUAGAGUUGCUUGUCCCCGGCCCCCCAGGAAGACAUCACAGACGUUCCAAAGCUGGCAGACUCCCUCAAGCUGUUCAGGUAAAUCCUGAAGGCCCCUGUAUAUGGCCAGGAACACACAUUAAUAGGGUACUGUAUACUGUAACUCUAUAUCUCUGUAACAAAUGGAAACAUAGGUCAUAGAGACCUUGAAUGAUAAGUAGUAGAAGUAAAAUGCCAUUUCACUUUAGAGAAGGAAAGGUUAAUACGUUACACUGUAGAUAGUCCAUGACACAGACAGUUCACACAGCAACAUUGAACGUUCGUGCAACAGUGUGACUGUGUGGGGACACAACCUGUUCAGGUUUUUCCUCACCAAGUGUUUUGUUUGUUUCGUACCUCAGGCCUAAAAGACUGGCGUUGCGUCCGUAUAAGGAGUACUGGUUCGUGUUUAAAGACACCACCAUCUCCUACUACAAGAACAAAGAUACAGCUAGCGGAGAGCCCAUAGAACAGUUGCAUCUCCGAGGAUGUGAGGUGGUCCCUGAUGUGAAUGUGACGGACAAGAAGUUUGGUAUCAAGCUGCUGCUCCCAGUGGCUGAUGGGAUGAACGAGGUCUACAUCCGCUGUGACAAUGUAAGAUGCUAUUUCGUAUUUGACCAAAUGUUGUUGUUUUUUGGGGGGGGGCACCAAGAACAUGACUCUGUUGUUCACCUUACAUAUUGUGAUGAUAUUCCUGUUUUUAUCCAGGAGACGCAGUAUGCCAAGUGGAAGGCAGCGUGUACUCUGGCCUCCAAGGGCAAGACCAUGGCUUACAGCUCCUACAGGUCAGACUUUCUUACUGAAUCCUUCCCAUGCCUUACCACAUUGAUAGGGUUCUGACUGUAAACUGACUAGGAGAAACUGUGAUUGGUCUAGGUCGGAGGUGAAGAACAUACAGUCGUUCCUGCAGAUGAAGAGUCUGGCGCCCCCCCCUGGUCAGGCUGCUCCAGACCUGGAUGCCAUGGAGAUGAACGCUGAGUGCUUUGUCUCUCCCAGAUACACCAAGAGGUACAAGACCAAACAGGUGGGUAUCUAUCUGCAAUAUAGGGUGAUGAUCAAUCAAGCAUGAUUCUGUGUUUGUGAGCCACAGACAGGGAGAGGAUGUCAUCAGUGCUGCUGCUCCAGUUUCCACUCUUCUGCCUGCGGCUAUGGAACCCUGACCUGUUCACCGGACGUGCUACCUUGUCCCAGACCUGCUGUUUUCAACUCUCUCUCUCUACCGCACCUGCUAUUUCAACCUCUAAAUGCCUGGCUAUGAAAAGCCAAGUGACAUUUACUCCUGAUGUACUGACCUGUUGCAACCUCUACAACCACUGUGAUUAUUAUUUGACCCUGCUGGUCAUCUAUGAACGUUUAAACAUCGAAAAAAUCGGGCCUUAAUGGCCAUGUACUGUUAUAAUCUCCACCCGGCACAGCCAGAAGGGGACUGGCCACCCCUCAGAGCCUGGUUCCUCUCUAGGUUUCUUCCUAGGUUUUUGCCUUCCUAGGGAGUUUUUCCUAGCCAUCGUGCUUCUACCUCUGCAUUGCUUGCUGUUUGGGGUUUUAGGCUGGGUUUCUGUAUAGCACUUUGUGACAUCUGUUGAUGUGAAAAGGGCUUUAUAAAUACAAUUUGAUUGAUUGUUUGAUUGAUCAGAGCUCUCCAGAGAAGGAGCCAUAUUAGGAUGGAGUGGUUUUAUAAUCUCUGACUGACAAUAAUGCUUAUCUGUUGACAUCCAGGCCAUUCUAUUCCAUUCACUUACCCUCUCAGUAUUUGUUAAAGGACUGACAUAAUGUCUGUGUAAAGUAGCGUAAAUGUCCCUGUUCUGUCUCCUGUCCAGCUGACAGCGAGGAUCUUGGAGGCCCAUCAGAACAUUGCCAGUCUCUCUCUUAUUGAAGCUAAAAUGUGCUUCAUCCAUGCCUGGCAGUCCCUGGCUGAGUUUGGUAUCAAAUACUACAUUGUCAGGUACGUAAAUGUGACCGACCAGGUUCAAACACCUCAAGACUGUGUUAGCCUGUUGAGCUAACACCUUAGCUCAGGGAGCUAAUACAAGUCUUCAGGUCCCAGGUAAAGUUACUUAUCAUGGUUCACGUGUGUGUGUGUGUGUGUGUGUGUGUGCCAGGUUCCGAGGCAGUAAAAAGAAUGAGCUGCUGGGUAUCUCCUAUAACCGUCUGAUCCGUAUUGACAUGUCCACUGGCUUGCCUGUCACCACCUGGAGGUUCGCCAACAUGAAACAGUGGAAUGUCAACUGGGAAAUCAGACAGGUAAAUGGCUCUAGAUUGAUUGAUUGAUUAAUUCAUUAAUUUGAUUGGAUACUUUUUACAGAUUAGAAAGUAAGGAUAAUAGUUGCCUUUGUAGUAACAGAAACCAGUUUCUCCUGAAAAUGUACUUAGCCUUCCAAAAGUAUUCAGACCCGUUAGAUUUCUUCACAUUUUAUUUUGUUACAAAGUGGGAUUAAAAUGAAUUUAAUUGUCUACAAAUUUCAAGCACAUAUUAUACUACAAAGACCAGGGAGCUUUUCAAAAGCCUCAUAAAGGGCAGUGAUUGGUAGAUGGGUAACAAUAACAAAUCAGACAUCUCUUUAAGCAUGAUGGUCAAGUUAAUAAUUAUGCUGUGAAUUAAGGUCCCGUGUAGCUCAGUUGGUAGAGCGUGGCGCUUGCAACGCCAGGGUUGUGGGUUUGAUUCGCACGGGGGACCAGUAUGAAAAAUGUAUGCACUCACUAACUGUAAGUUGCUCUGGAUAAGAGCGUCUGCUAAAUGACUAAAAAUGUAAAUGUAAAAUUAUGCAUUAAACCAGCUAGACACAUCAAAGAUACAGUCGUCCUUAUGAACUGAGCUGCAGGACAGGAAGGAAACUGCUCAGGGAUGUUAUCAUGAGGCCAUUGGUGAUUUUAAAACAGUUACAGAGUUCAAUGGCUGUAAUGGGAGAAAAGAGAGGAUGGAUUAACAACAUUGUAGUGAAUCCACCAGAGUGAAAAGAAGAAUACAAAUAUACAGAAUAAAAAUAUUCCAAAACAUACAUCUUGUAUGCAACAAGGCACUAAAGUAAUACGGCAAAGGAAUACACUUUUUGGUCUAAAUGCAAAGCCUUAUGUUUGGGGCACAUCCAACACGACACAUCACUGAGUAACUGCCUCCUUAUUUUCAAGCAUGGUGUUGGCUGCAUCAUGGUAUGGGUAUGCUUGACAUCGGCAAAUACUGGGGAGUUUCAGGACAAAAAUAAAAUGGGAUGGAGCUAAGCACAGGCAGAAUCCUAGAUGAAAACCUGCUUCACACUAGACACUGGGAGAGGAAUUCACCUUUCAGCAGGACAAUAACCUACAACACAAGGCCAAAACUACACUGGAGUUGUUUACCAAGAAGACAGUGAAUGUUCCUGAGUGGCAAAGUUACAGUUUUGACUUAAAUCUGAUUGGAAAUCUAUAGCAAGACUUUAAAAUUGCUGUCUAGCCAUGAUCCCCAACAUCUUGACAGAGCUUGAAGAACUAUGAAUCCAGGUGCGGAAAGCUCUUAGAGACUUACGCAAGAAGACUCGCAGCUGUAAUCACUGCCAAAGGUGUUUCUAACAUGUAUUUGUCACGAUCGUCGAAGGAGGAGGACCAAGGCGCAGCGUUGAAUGCAAACAUAUUUAUUAACUGCUUACACGAACAAAACAACAAACGAUACCGUGACGUCCUCUGUCUAACACAAACCAACACGGAACAAGAUCCCACAAACACUGUGGGAAAACUGGCUGCUUAAGUAUGGUUCUCAAUCAGAGACAACAAGCAACAGCUGAUACACGUUGCCUCUGAUUGAGAACCACACUGGCCAACAUAGAAAUACAACUGACUAGAACAGAAACACAUGAAAACUCAUACCCUGGCUCAACAUACUAGAGUCCCCAGAGCCAGGGCGUGACAGUACCCCCCCCCCCCAAAGGCGCAGACUCCGACCGUGCCAACCAAACACCACAGGGGAGGGACCGGGUGGGCACUCCGCCUUGGCGGCGGAUCCGGCUCCGGGCAUGAUCCCCACUCCCUCUCUAACCCCCCAAAGUACCCCUGGUCCGGUCUGGCCCUGCUGGCCGGAGCUGGACUGAACACUGGUGGAGCGGAUUGCUCUAGCUCCAGCGUGGAGCAGCUGACCGGUACCGGACCAGGCACCAGUGGAACAGGCACGGGCUGUGCCGGACUGACGACGCACACCACUGGCUUGGUGUGGGGAGCAGGAACAGGCCGAGCCGGGCUGGCGACGUGCACCAUAGGCUUGGUGCGGGGAGCAGGAGCGGGCCGGACCGGGCUGACGAAGCGCACCACUGACUUGGUGCAGAGAGCAGGAAUGGACCGGGCCGGGCUGGCGACGCGCACCACUGACUUGGUGCGGGGAGCACCACUGACUUGGUGCCGGACCGUACUGGGGACACACAACACUGGCCCUACGCAGGGAUCAGGAACGGGCUAGACCGGACUGGUAACACACCCCAGUACCUCUCGCCGUGCCUCUACACUUUCCCUCUCCUCUGUGACCAGUGGCCCCCUUAACCUGGCGGCCUCCUCUGCAAACCCGCUGGACCGCUCCAUCGCGGCCUCCUGCUGCCCCGUCGUCCACAGCGUGAGCCCCCCCCUAAAAAAUUUCUGGUUGUCUCUCCUCCCCGUGGACCAAGCCUCCCUAUCUCUCGCCAGACUCUUCCUCCACUGCUCCAAAGUCCAACCACUCUGCUCUUCAUUUGGCUUGACCCAGUCAAGACUCUUCCUCCACUGCUCCCAAGUCCACCCUCUCUGCUCUUCACUAGGCUUGACCCAGUCGAGGUUGCCACAGAGAUCCGCUAGCGAUUCCCCUGGCGAUGGCUCCUGGACACGCUGCUUGGUCCAGUUUUGGUGGGAUCUUCUGUCACGAUCAUCGAAGGAGGAGGACCAAGGCGCAGCGUUGAAUGCAAACAUAUUUAUUAAUUAACUGCUUACACGAACAAAACAACAAACGAUACCGUGGCGUCCUCUGUCUAACACGGAACAAGAUCCCACAAACACUGUGGGAAAACUGGCUGCUUAAGUAUGGUUCUCAAUCAGAGACAACAAGCAACAGCUGAUACACAUUGCCUCUGAUUGAGAACCACACUGGCCAACAUAGAAAUACAACUGACUAGAACAGAAACACAUGAAAACUCACACCCUGGCUCAACAUACUAGAGUCCCCAGAGCCAGGGCGUGACAGUAUUGACUUAGGGAGCUGAAUACUUAUGCAACAACUGCAUUUUGGUUAUUUAAUUUAUAGUAAUCUUUUACAAAAAUUACAAAUGUUCUUCCACUUUGACACUACAGAGUAUUUUGUGUAGAUUGUUUACAUACAUUUACAAGUCAAUCUAUUUUAAUCCCACUUUGUAACACAAUAAAAUGGGAAGAAAUCCAAGGGUUAUGAAUACUUUUGCAAGGCACUGUAUCUAUAAAGUACAUUAAACAAUAAUAAUCCAUAUUGUUUAAUGUCUUCAGGUGGCCAUAGAGUUUGACCAGAAUGUGUCGAUAGCCUUCUCCUGUGUGAGCUGUGACUGUAAGGUGGUCCAUGAGUACAUUGGAGGAUACAUCUUCCUCUCAACACGCUCCAAAGACCAGAACGAGACACUGGAUGAGGAACUCUUCCACAAACUCACUGGAGGGAAGGAAUGA